GUAAUGUUAUCUGUUUCGGUUUCCGGUCUGCAUUUGGCAACAGAAAGAUUAACUCAUUGUCACGUGCGAGAGUUUCCUAUUUGUAUUGGCACGCCCAUUGAACUGCGCAGAUAUUAAAGUAACCCACGCUAAACGUAUUUUUGAUAAAUGUAUUAUAUUAUGCGUUCUACAGUUGUCAACAAGGAAGGGGGCCAUCAACUAUCCAAGUAAAAUGGCGUCGGUAGUCCCACAUGUGUUCGUUCCGUGUAUGGUUUUGAUACUCGGUUUGUCUUGGGUGGCUAACGGGGUUGAUUUCCAGAGGGAUCCGCCUUGCCCUUGUUCUGAUCCAGCUCUGUGUGAUCCUAUACGAACCGAUCCAAAGAAGGAGAUUCACGUAUUUUCUACCAAUGGAGCCAACUGGAGGGACUACUUCUGGGACAACAUCACCACGGUGGCUGUACAAGAUGGCUUCGAUCCUCAGAUGAUGUGCCACGCCCACUCGAAGGGCGUGCGGAUCGUUGUAUGGGGUUCCUUUUCCGUUCAAACUCUCUUCAACGAGAGCGCCCGCAACGCCUGGGUCGAGCGCACCCUGAACUACAAUGUUGGGAACUUCACGGACGGGUAUAACAUAGACUUUGAGAUGCCACUGCUGAAAUCCCAGGCUCAUGUGCUAACAGCUAUGGUCAAACAGAUCAGGGAUGCAUUUAAAAAGGCCUUGCCAUACUCGAAAGUGACGUUCGAUUCUGCUUAUUCACCCAAUUGCACGUUCUUUGGACGAUGCUACGACUACCGUUCCAUAGGCGAGAUCGUAGACUACAUCCUCAUCAUGGCUUACGACGAACUCGAUCUCGUCGGUCUGAAGGCCAUGGCCAAUGCACCACUCAAUAUAACAACACAAGGUGUGGAUGACUUCAUCAAAGCUGGUGUACCUCCGGCCAAGCUCGUGCUUGCCAAUCCCUGGUAUGGGUAUAACUUCCCCUGCACGCUGUUAACAAAGAACGACACUUGCAAUUAUAAGUUGCUUACCUGGGGACAGCAAGACUAUAGCACUAUCAUGAAACUCCUGGCGAACAACUCUACGACCGGUCGAAAGUGGAGCGAAGAAUACCAGUCACCAUAUUUCGAUUAUAAGGACAGCGAAACUGGGCAGACUCACCAGAUAUGGUAUGACGACCCGAUUAGUCUCACUCUACGCUUUCAGAUGGCAAAGAACAAACAGCUCUAUGGCGUAUCUGUAUACCAAGCCGAUUGCCUGGAUUAUAGCACCAAUCAAAAGGCUGUUAAUGAGACUAAUGCGAUGUGGGAUGCUUUCCUUGGAGAAUAACUUUUCCUUUUUUUCUUUCUACAAAGUCAAUCCCAAAACCAAUUCCAUAAACAAAUCGCAAUUCCCUUCUAAAAUUAGUAACAUCAAACACAACAUAAUACAAAACAGUUCAAAAAUCUUUGAACACAUUAUUGGUUAAGAAGAAGAUCUAUGAAAAUUAGACAACAUAGUCAACAUUUGGCAACUAUAGUCUAUGCAUAAUAAAUGUAAUUGUUCCAUAUAAUAUGAGCAGACGAAUGUAAUAAUCAAGGUCGUGGUUAAAUUUUCAAGAUUGAAAAUAAGCUCCCUUUUGCUUUAAUAUGAUGGGAUACAGAUUUCAUUCUCGUGGUUGAAAUCGACCCUAGCACUGAAGUACUUGUAUGCCUAUGUCACUUUUUUCGAAUUAUGCAAUCGGUAUUCUGCUGGCAAUGCCUCAAUGUUAUAUUGUUUUCUUUUUGAUGUAGUCAAUGAAACUUUUCAAUAAAAUAAUGCCAUGAUAAACAAAACUCAUUGUCUAAUAUGCAACAUAAUCUGUGGUGAAUCCAUUGCUUUCAAUAAAAAGUACGGCUUAACUCUUCA